UCAUAAAAAAUUUAGCCGUCAUGCUAUUUGAUGUUGAAACGUUAGCUCGUUCAAGUGUGACUGGCCACAAAAGCAACGCAUCAAAAAAUUCAACAGUAAAGCCAGCUUUAGAUCCAAAAAAGUUGGCCUACAUAAGAAAAUUGGUGCGAGAUAGAAUUGUUGAGGAAGGAGCUGCAUCUGAACUAGAGAUGGAAAAGCGAUUUUCGAAAAUUAACUCCAUCAUAGCUGAAAAAAUAGCAACGUUAAAUAGAACUAAAUAAAUUUUUUUUAUAUGUUUAGUUUCAUUUAUAAAUACAUUUUUA